AUGGCUGCUCUAAUAGACCAAUCAUGGCCUUGCAACCUCGUCACUGUAAGCCUCGUGGCUACAGGAAUGCUUACAAUCACGAUCCCCUCAUAUCUACGCUAUCUCUAUGUUGAUUUCCCCAAAAUUAUAGGUAUUCCUGAGAUCCCUGGCGGUGAGCUUCUGGCAGGUCACCUGUAUCAGUUGGGAAACGACCACGCUACCACCGCAGAAAUCUGGUCACUGAAAUUUGGUUGGCCCGUCUUCCAGAUCCGAAUGGGCCAGCGACGAGCCGUGGUGAUAAAUUCAUUUCAGGCUGCCCGGGACUGGAUGAUCAAAAAUCAGUCCGCGACAUUGGACCGACCAUCUUUCUAUACCUUCCAUAAGGUAGUUUCUGCAACAUCAGCUGCCACUAUCGGAACAAGUCCUUGGGAUGAGCGGACAAAAAAGCAGCGACGGGUUGUCGGCUCCCUAACUACCGGCCCGGCUAUCCAGAAGUUAAGUCCAAUGUUAGAUCUAGAGAUAUUUUCGAUGAUCUCGCACAUCUAUCAUGACAGUCAGAAUGGGACCAUUAGUAUUGUGCCUCAUAUCUAUCAGAAGCGCCUUGCGCUGAAUAUCAUGAUGAUGUUCUGCUACGGGACGCGAUUCGAGUCUAUUACCGAUCCUCUACUGCUCCAGAUUCUUGAGGAUGCUAGCACUAUUGCGAGCUUUCGAUCUACGAACUCGAACCCACAAGACUUCAUUCCUUAUUUGAGGUAUUGGAAGAAGAGAGGAAGAACUGCUACAGCUGUUGAAGUCCGCAAACGUCGAGAUAAAUGGUUAGCAGCUAUGUUAGAUGGUGUUCGCGAAAGCCUUCAACUGCGAACUGGAGAUGGGAAGUGUGUGGCCAAACUAUUAUUGACAGAUAAUCAAGAUGGUCUUACACAACUCGAUGUCAAGACAAUACUUGGUGGCCUAAUGUCAGGAGGCUUCGAGACCGUGUUCUCGACCAUCAUUGUUGCAAUCGCUGUCCUGUCAACUAAACAGGGGCAAUACAUGCAAGACAAGGCCUACUCAGACAUAACGAGUGUCUAUAACUCACCAGAAGAAGCAUUAGAACUCUGUGUAUCUGAGGAAAAGUGUGUUUAUGUCUCUUCCAUCGUAAAGGAGACACUGAGAUUUUAUCCGCCCCUCAAACUUCUUCCAGCGCGCCAAACCUUUAAAGAAUUUACUUACCAAGAAGCUGUGAUUCCAAAAGGCGUUCUCGUCUACGUGAACGCGCAAGCUUCAAACCGCGACAAAAACGUAUAUGGUGCAGAUGCAGAUGAUUUCCGACCAGACCGCUGGCUAAAGGCAGAGAAUGAUAUCCCUCCACCCUAUCACUUUGCGUUUGGUGCAGGUUCCCGCAUGUGUACUGCGGUCAACUUUUCAAAUCGGGUCCUCUACGCUACCAUCCUUCGUCUCAUUGUCUCGUUCAGAAUGGUAGAAGAUGAAGAAAGUCCGCCGAAUAUACACUACGUUCACUAUAAGCGCGAUCCGACAGCAUCGAAUGCGGUCGCGUCAGACUUUAAGAUACGGUUCAUACCAAGGGACGAGAAGGCCUUGCAGCGGAUGUUUGAGCGAUCGCAAGAGCAGUGCGCAGCUAUUAUAGCGGAGACCGCUGCAACGGCCAUGGGGAAGCCAUGA